GUGUAAGGUUUGCAUCGGGCAACAGAUAAAUACGGCACCCAGCGGAUGGGCAUAGCACCAGAAGAGCUAGAUUCAGUUUUCUUUCUACAUCACCACAGGCAGCUUCAGGAGCUGCAUUCACUAUUGUCGGCUCCAAGCCUCCAAUACAGAUUGUCCAGGUCAAACGACGGUAUUGCCCUCGGUUUCAGAGCUCCAACGCUGCUGUAUAAGACCCCACAGAGGCACGAACAGUACUGGCGCAGAGAGUAUCACCGCAGACACUGAUUCGGAAGAAGCGCGCCGGAGAUGGAGAAGAAGGGAGCUGCCGCCGCCCUGUGCGUGCUCCUCCUCGUGAUGCUGUCCGGGCAGCUGCAGCAGCAGGUGGCCGCCAUGUCCUUCUGCGACUGCUACCAGCAGUGCCACCCCUGGUGCAGCCACAACACUCCAUGGUGGCUCUGCAACGUCGGCUGCGCCGGCAGCUGCAGCGGCGGCGACAGGCACGACACCCUCGCCGCCUGCACGAUGGUCUGCAGCACGGACAUAGUCUGCGGAAACGGGGCGGCGCCCGCCGAGGCAGGUGGUGUUGAGGAUUGCGUACGUGAGUGCAACAAGAGGUGGGGCUGACGCCAAGCAAUCUCAAAAUAAAGAGUCGAAGGGCUGGUGGAUCAUGUUCAUGGGAUCUCAUAUGAUGUUGAACUUCUGUGGUUUUUGCACCAAUCAAUAAGUGUUUCCCUUUGGGGAGGUUUGAGAAUUCAAAGUGAAUGCAGUUAUCAUCCAAA